CUAAGACCUCCAUUCUGAACACCGGAUCCGACAGAGGCAUCAGCAGUAUUCAUUCUUUAACAAAUCUCUGCAUAUACUCACUUUGUAGUAUCCUCGCGGCAUGAAGCAGCUGCUCGUUAUGCUAGUAAAUCACAUACUGCUCGCAAGUGUGGCUUUCCGGGUAGUGCAGUGCUUGCCGACAGUCUCAGGGACAGAUGGAGACCGCACAUUAUCAAGUUCAAUCAAGGCAAGCUCAACUUCGAGUCAGCACGUGUGCCCGUCUCACGCGCGACCCAAGGCAGUAUCACAAGCUCGAGCCCAAAGCGCCCCUCACGAUGGUGUGCUUCGGGGUGUCAACAUUGGGGCCUGGCUUGUGCUUGAGAAAUGGCUAGUUCCUAGCAUUUUCGAAGGAACUGGUGCUAAGGAUCAAUGCUCCUUUGACCAGUUACCGAACUCUCUUGCGAGAUUAGAGAAACACUGGGCAAGCUGGUUCACACAGCAGGAUGUUGAGAAGCUUGCGUCAUAUGGGUUCAACGCACUCCGCAUACCUAUUGGAUAUUGGGCCUAUGACACUUUCGAUAGUCCUUACAAAUCAGGCGCAGAUGCAUGGCUCGAGCGCGCCCUUGAUUGGGCAGCCGACGCGAACAUGAAAGUACUGAUUGAUCUGCAUGGUGCACCUGGGAGCCAAAAUGCAUUUGACAAUUCCGGAUGCAUAGGUGUUGUGGACUGGCAGCGCCCUGUAAACUUGGAACGAACAAGUGCUAUUCUACACACCAUGGCCAGAAAGUAUGGACAACAGCGAUACCAAAAUGUCGUUAUGGGGAUCCAGUUGAUCAACGAGCCUAUCUCGUGGGGAGCAAAUGACUUUGAGAAAACGAGAUCAUGGGCCAAAAAUAUCACGCAAGAUCUCCUUGCUUCCCGUGUGAUCGAAAAUCCAAAUCUCAAACUCGUGAUGCACGAUGCCUUUAGGGAUGUACAAGAAUGGCUUGAACCACACAGGAGUCUAAAUGGUAAUGCCACCGAGGCCAAGAAUGCUCUUUUCGGACUGGACACGCAUCUCUAUCAGGUCUUUGUCCCAGAGGACAAAAAUCUCAUCCAGCAACAGCACAUAGAGAAAGCUUGCAGAUGGCGCGAGAAGUUACAAGCUGCGAAGAAGGCCAACUUUCCCAUCUAUGUUGGUGAGUGGUCCGUUGCUACCGAUAUCUGCGUCUGGCCAGACAACUCGACAACGCCUGGUACUACGUGUACUGCUGUUGGCUGCCAAUGCCAGAGCGCCCCGGUAUCAGAUUGGUCUACCGCACUUGUGAAGGAAGCACGCAAAUUUGUUGAAGCACAACUUGAUACCUGGCAUACUGCCUCAGAUGGAUAUUUCCUGUGGAACUUCAAGGCGGAUUUGGGAGCAGCUGGUCCCUGGAGUUUAUACGAAAGCAUCGAGAAAGGCAUUGUUCCCAACCCCAUAUGGGACAGAGCGUACCCAGACAUCUGCUCCAGCUGAACCCGAAGUUGGUACUGCUGACGUCUUGAUCGUAAUUUUAAUUGUAUAUACAUACUUGAGGUCUGUCAUUGUACAUAUAUGUAGACU